AAGAUUAGACAAAUCAUGUAUAGAUAUAUCGCUAGAUCCUCAAUCCGUCCAGCCAGAUCCACCCUCCGUGGAGUCAGACACUACAGCACCCCUAAGCCAACCACCAGUUCCAACCCGGGAUUGGCCGUCGGUGGGGUCUUCAUUGCUGCCGGGUUGGUCUACGCCUUUUGGUCGUCCAGCAACGGGAACAAGACCGAAUCAACCUUUUCCAAGAUCAAGGACACUUUCCAACCAGAAAAGUUUGAGUCCAAGCUCUCUGUGCAUAGGAACAAGGAUGCCGAGAAGGAAGUCAAGCAAGAAGUCGAAGAAGCCAAGGAUGAGCAAGCUGUUGCUGCUGAAUUCACUGAAGCUAAGCAAGAAGUCCAAUCUGAACCAGAAACUCCAGAAACCACUCCUGAACCAACCCCAGAAGCUAGUCCUGAACCUGAAGUUGCUGCCGAAGCUGCUGCUCAAACUCCAGCCGAAUCUACUGAAGCUCCAGUAGAUACUCCUACUGAAGCUGAAGCUUCUACUCCUGCUGAAACCUCCACCCCAGCUGAAAUCGUUGAAGCUUCGGAAGGCGAACACCAAGAAGGAGAAGCCGCAUUCAACCCGGAAACCGGGGAAAUCAACUGGGACUGUCCAUGUUUAGGAGGUAUGGCCCACGGUCCAUGUGGUGAAGAAUUCAAGGAAGCCUUUUCUUGUUUUGUGUUUUCCGAAACCGAACCAAAGGGUAUUGACUGUAUCAAGAAGUUCGAAACCAUGAGAUCCUGUUUCAAGAAGUAUCCUGAACAUUACAAGGAUGAAUUGUACGAAGAAUCCGAAGAAAGAGAUGUUCAAGCUGUUGAAGCCAAUGUUAUUGAAAGCGUUGAACCUGCCGUUGAAGAAAUCACCGCUGCCACCACCGCUGCCACCACCGCUGCUGCCGCCACCACUUCCUCCUCCGCUUCCGCUUCUGAAUAAGCAUGUACAAUCAUAUAGAACAUCUUACAUCUGUAUAUAAAACAAUCAAGUCUAUUCUAUC